GCCGCCAAGUCGUUUUCGACAAACCAGGGACUGAAUUAUUACAAUUUUUUAAGACAUCCUGCACUUUUUCCUCUCAAGGUUUCUUGUCUUUCGGCCGUAUAUUUUCUCUUCAGUAUGUGCUGAUGUUGAAAGGGAGAGGGGAAGGUAGAAUGGGCGAAACCCUCAGGUUCCCCCUGUAACUCUGGAAAUGGAUCCGACGUUCUCACGGGGAGACAAAGACAAUGAGGUCCAUUUGAAGGAGAUGGGCUGGGCUGGCAUGCGGAUGCAAGAGGGGGCCCUGUGGGAGCAGCACCGCAAUCCUGCGCCAUUCUCUUCCUGGAUGAUGGAGGGCGAGCCCAUUACCUCUACUCUCUCCCUGCUACACUCUGGUGGGGGACACACAUCCAAAAACAUCGCCACUGCUGGUAUGACCCUGGAGCAGAAGACCACCUUCGCCCUGGUCAUAUUUCUCUUUGUCUUCUUACUCAUCCUCAUUGUGCGCUGCUUCCGGAUCCUUUUAGAUCCCUACAGAAGCAUGCCCACUUCUACCUGGGCCGAUGGCCUAGAUGGUUUAGAGAAAGGCCAGUUUGACAACACACUGGCCUAGAGCGGUACACUUGCAUUGUAUACACUUGUGUAUAUGUAUUUCUCACACACACACGCACAAGUUGUAGCUCUUCUUGUUUGGACUGUAAAUUCAGUCCACACAACUUUAACUUUAACCACGACCAUAACUCAAAUCUUAACCCCCAAACUAUUCCUGACUAACCCUUAAUAUAAUUCUAACCUACACCCUACAACCCCCAUACAAAUAAAACUUAAACUUGUGAGGACCAAGAAAAUGUCCCCUCAACUUUAAAUGUCCCUUGUUUUACUAUUAUUCACCUUUUAUUUUUAAACACAUUUAUACUUAUUUAUACUUUUUUUUUUAAACACAUUAGUUUAAAAUACACCCUCAAAGUCCAAGUCAGAUUCAUUGGUUUAUGAUCUGACUUGAAUAGAAAACACACAGUUUUUCAAGAUAUUGCCAUUACAAAAUAAAUAGACAGACACAUACCCACAAACUGAGAUGCCUACACCUUGUAGAAAUAUUUGCUGCUCCCCUCCUCGCUGGGUGUUGUUUACACUAUGAACAUUUAAUGAG